UUUUGGCGUCAGUUUAAGUUGAACUAUCGUCGAGAUUGAAAGCUUUUGACUCCUCGCUGAGUUUCAGUUUUACGUUUGAGUUUCCUCAGUUUGUUAUUGUGAGUGGCACAUUAGAUUUCCUACCGACGCUUGGUAGAGCAAAAUAAGUCGUAUUGUUCGCUUUAGCCAGUUCUAGGGAAGCUUUACGUCACACCUUGUAGCGGCUUGUCAGCGGUUGUUUAUUUGGAGCAGUCAUCGAUGCUAAUCGGGAUAGUUGAAAUAAAACAACAGCAGAUAUUAGCAGCACUCUCGAGUUUACGAAGAACCAAAUAAUAUUAAGAUCUGAUUACCGUUAGUUUGCAAAAGUGGUGCUUCUUAGGAUAUGAUGAUCAAUACUCUAUUGUAACGCUGCAAACUAGGCUGAUAGAUGUCGACACGGCACAACACAGUAACCGUUUUACAUUUAGCAGAAGUGGCUUGAUGAGAAAAUCAACUGAAUCGAGCGCGCGAAAAUGUAACUUUCCGAUUGCAAUUCAAAAACAUCAGAAGGCUAUUGUUGUGUGAAUAGCAUAACAAGCGAAAAAUAAGAAAAUGAAUAAUGUCCGGCUUUUUGGUGAAUACAUGUUCUGAGGAAUGAUAUGAAUGUAUUUUGCGCGUAAUAGAACUUCCAUGAGUAUUUCAGCAAACGUUAGUGAAAAUGUAAAUCAAUUGUUUGUUUUCCGGUAGUUCGUUGAAAAUGAGGAAACAGUAAAAGGAAUUUCAUUUGCGGUUUUUACUGGAAACAAAAAAAAAUGUCCAGCUUACACUAGCCUCGUGGCAGAAAUAUUUGUGCUCAAUUGUGUCGAGUGAACGAAGUUUGUGCAGUUUAUAUUCGAUAGAGAUACCAGAGAAGCGAGCCAUUAUACAACCCAGAGAGGAGGGCUUCCAGAACGCCAAUUAGCAAUACUUGCGGGAUAUAUUUUUACUUUAGAUGAGAAAUAUACCGAGAAGCAUCGUGAUGAAGCUAUCCGAGAGCAAAUCCGACACAUCAAUAAUCACCAACCUGUACAAAUCGAUCAAUCACAACUACCGGAGGUUGUCCAACACGAGCAGCGUGUUGCACCGCAUUCCGGAAAUGGAGAUCGCUUUUAUGAACAUCAGCGAUGAAUACGAUAUCGAGAAAACCAUCGCCGAAGGUUGUUUUGCGAAGGUAUAUCUUGCUCACCACCGACCAACCGGGACCACUGUUGUGCUCAAAGCAAUACACACUGAACUAACCACGCUGAAAGAAUUUAUCAAAGAAUUUCACUACAACUAUCAGCUCAGUCACCAUCCAAACAUUCUCAGCUGCUACCAAGUUAAAUUCCAGACGAACGAAUACUACGUCUACGCUCAAGAACACGCUCCAUUCGGGGAUCUGGCUGCAAAUGUCGGUGCUAAUGGGCUGCCGGAGUCAAGCUGCAAAAAGAUAGCCGAGCAGCUUAGUUCUGCGCUUGGGUUCAUGCACUUGAAAGGACUUGUGCACCGCGACCUGAAACUAGAGAACAUUCUAGUAUUUACACCGGAUUUUUCUCGAAUAAAGCUGUGUGAUUUCGGAACCACCACCCGCGAGGGCAUUCUAGUCAGUAAGAACAAUAAAACAUGGAUAUCAUUCCUACCACCAGAAGUAUUAGAGGUUGUGAAAAAUGAGCGAUUCAUCUGCAAAGCAUCGGCUGACUCGUGGCAGUUUGGCAUCAUUCUGUACGUUUGCCUGAUAGGCUCAACACCGUGGAAAUCGGCUGAUUGGGUCCGUGAUUCCAAGUACGCCGUAUUUAUGAAGUACCAGAAACGUGAGUCCACCAAAAUUCCGGAAAACUUCCGACGAUUUACUCCACGUUUAUUGCGAGCAUUCCGGCGAAUCUUCGAUCAUACUGAGGAGGAUCGGGCCAAAGUGACUGAUAUUAUGAAAUACAUGAAAAAUAAAUGGCUGGAUAAUAAGAUAACCACUUCUAAAUCCACCUCGAACAUUGCAAGCAAUAUCCUACAGCAACCGUCUUCCGAUCAGGACUCAAUCAAAUACAUCAACCAUCGGGAGAGUCGUAAUUCCUUCGAGGGCCGGCUGCGUGCCCGACGAAUGACCAGUGUCGGAGGAUUGACACCGGAGACGACGCCAACAUUCGGCACAGAUCAGGACACGGUGCGUAAUAAAGUCCUCGAGUGGCUCGAAACAAAUGACCUCAACCGACAGGAUAGUAUGGAUGAUGUAAAGGAUUUCUCAUUCUGGAACAAAAAUGAUUCAAAGUCCUAUCACUACUCGAAGCGUGAAUCUAUAAUCGGAUCGGCCUCUAUGACGACCUCCACUACACUGACGACGACCAGCUUGACGAGGGAGGCCAGCAGCAUACGCAGUCGGCAUCGCUAUAAAUAGAUUAGUGCGGACCUUCAAUACUAUACCAUGAAUGACAAAUGACGAUAGGUCCACCCCGUUAGCUAGCAAGUACAGCUGGAGACGCAGCACACGUGCGAAAAAAAAUCCUUACCUUCCCAGUAGCUGCUGUGCUGUCGUUCGGAAAAA